CGUGACGAAUAGUGAAGUAUUGCGCGUUAGCGUGACAAACACAGGCGACUUCUCCUCAACAUGAAAGUUAAGAUGACGAUCGACAGUUGAACAAACAUCGCAUUUGAUCUCUCCCUUUGACUUUUGACCUUUGAAUUCACGAUCAUCAUCUUCUCCAUUUGCCCCCCUCCAUAAUUUUAUGCCAAUCUUUGCAGAAAACCUAUACCCCAUUAUCUCUGCAUAAUUUUCCAUUCAUUCACCCAACACAACAAAUGAAAACUCCCUUUAAAAAACUGCGUGGGUUAGGGCUACACAGGCAUAAUACUCAUCGACCUCCCGCUCAGUUGGAUGAGCUUUCGCAGGCUUCCCAGGACAUGCAUGACAUGAAAGAUUGCUAUGACAGUUUACUUUCUGCAGCAGCAGCCACAGCGAACAGUGCUUACGAGUUCUCGGAAUCACUACGGGAUAUGGGAGAUUGUCUUCUCGAGAAAACUUCAUUAAACGAUGAUGAAGACAGCGGUAGAGUCUUGCUAAUGCUGGGAAAGGUGCAGUUUGAAAUCCAGAAGCUGGUGGAUAAUUAUCGUGCACAUAUUUCUCGCACAAUCACAGCCCCUUCAGAGUCCCUUCUCAGUGAAUUGCGUGUUGUUGAGGACAUGAAAAGGCAAUGCGACGAGAAGAGGAUGACGUAUGAUGAGAUGAAAAUACGACACAAAGACAAGAGAAAAUCAGGAGGAGGAGAAUACGUGUCUUCCCAUCAGCUGCGAGCAGCUCAAGAAGAAUUUGAUGAGGACGCCACUUUAUUUGUUUUCCGCAUGAAGUCUUUAAAAAAGGGUCAGUCCCGUAGUCUUCUAACACAGGCUGCUCGCCACCAUGCUGCUCAGAUGUGUUUUUUCAGGAAGUCUCUCAGAUCUCUUGAAGCGAUCGAGCCUCAUGUUAUGUUAGUAACCCAACAGCAGCAUAUCGAUUACCAGUUCAGCGGGCUUGAAGAAGACGACGAUGAUGAUGACAGAAACUCUGUUUUUCUUACUGAUGAUGACACUGAAGAUGAUAGCGAAGUAGACAUGCAUCAAGAUGGUGAAUUGAGCUUUGAGUACCAGAGGGGCGAUCCGAAAAAUGAAGCUUCUAGCUCAGAAAACUCCAUGGAGUUGGAUAGCGCAGCAGACAUUACCUUUCCACAAGUUGCAGUGAAGGCAAACAUGGAGGAGCAGAGGAAACCCCUAUGGAACUCAUCUACAUUUGGUGUAGAGGUGAAUGCAGGCAGCAAAUGCAAAUCAGCACCACUUUCUGCUUCUGCUGCGAGCAGUAAUAUGAAUAUGGAGCGGGACCCAAGACAGAUGAGGCAGUCAUCUGCUCGAAAGCUGAAUACAUAUGUUCUCCCAACGCCAACGCCACAAAAAACAAAUAAUAAUAAGAAUAAUUUGUGGCAUUCAUCACCUUUAGUAUCCAGCAGCAGCUCAGGACCAAUUCAUCCAUCAAACGCACAAUCAGUACUCAGCAAACCCACUCCACUACCCUCUCCAACAGCAAGUCAAAUUGAGCAUCAUCCAAGUGUUAGUGCCAAAAAAAUCAAAAGAUAUGCUUUCUCUGGUCCUUUGGCUGGAAGUAGUAGUAGUAGUAGAAACAAGGCUCCUUUAUCUGCGACUGUGAGUGGUCCUAUUCCUAUCACACGCACACCAUUGGCCUCAACCACAAAACUAUCCGGUGGUAAUACUAAUAGCAACAGCUUUGUUUCAUCACCUAAAAUCAGUGAACUCCAUGAGCUCCCCAGACCUCCUGCAAACUUAGCCUCUAUCAAAGUCAAACCACCUUUAAAACCUGCCUUCUCUGCUCCUUUGGUUACAAUUACAAACAAGCCCCUUGGCCUCCAUGCAUCUUCUCAACGAAUGCUUUCACCUUCGCCUCCUCAGACACCCGUCUCCAUCUCCAUAAGGAACAGCUAAGCUAGUCGCUGUGUUAUUACUUAUAUAUAGCAUAUAGGUACUUCAUCUUUCUUUCCUUUGCAAAUCUAUACAUGAUCAAACUGUGGAUAUAUAUAUUUUUGACUUAUAUGUAAUUCAUUUAUGGAGUAUUAUAAAAGCCCUGAUUUAAGUUUGGUAGUA